AUGAGACUAGUCCCGCGCGAACUAGAUAAACUUAUACUUCACCAAGUAGGAUACCUCGCGCAAAAGCGUCUAGCACGCGGCGUGAAACUUAAUCACACGGAAGCCACUGCACUUAUCGCGUCGCAACUGAUUGAAUUUAUGCGAGAUGGUGAUCGCUCAGUGGAAGAACUAAUGAAUCUGGGAAAGAGAUUACUUGGUAAACGUCACGUGUUGCCGGAUGUUUAUGAUUUGAAAGAGGUGCAAGUGGAAGGCACGUUUCCGGAUGGAACUUAUUUAGUUACGGUGCAUGAACCUAUUGGUUCCGAUGAUGGGAACUUGGAGUUAGCGUUGUAUGGUAGUUUUUUGCCGAUUCCAGAUCAAUCAAAGUUUCCUUUGAAAAAAGUUUUACCGGAAGAUGCACCGGGUGCUGUUGUUGUUGAGGAGGGUGUAAUUGAAUUGAAUAAGGGUAGGGAAAGAACGGUAAUUGAAGUGACCAAUAAUGGUGAUAGACCAAUCCAGAUUGGUUCCCAUUAUCACUUUAUCGAAACAAAUCCCUUGCUUAUGUUUGAUCGAGGACUUGCAUACGGAAAAAGAUUAGAUAUUCCAGCUGGAUCAGCAGUUCGCUUUGAACCAGGAGACACAAAACACGUCACCCUUGUUCCAAUUGGUGGUUUAAAACGUAUCAGCGGCGGAAAUAAUCUCGCCUCCGGACCGGUUGACCAAUCAAAACUAUCCUCGAUCUUACAAAAUCUCGUAACUCUAGGCUUUUCACACAAACAACAAGUCGAACUUCAUGUUAAACCGCAACCAUACAAAAUCAAUCGAAAAACUUAUGCGGCCACUUAUGGUCCUACUGUACAUGAUCGUGUCCGACUGGGGAACACGAAUUUAUGGUUGGAAAUUGAACGAGAUGAAACAGUGUAUGGGGAUGAAUGCAAAUUUGGUGGCGGUAAAGUGUUGAGAGAGGGAAUGGGUCAAGCGAAUGGUGUUUCUGAAGCGGAUGCUUUGGAUUUGGUGAUUACUAAUGCGGUGAUUGUUGAUUAUACGGGAAUUUAUAAGGCCGAUAUUGGUAUCAAAAAUGGUAUAAUUUCAGGCAUUGGCAAGGCCGGUAAUCCUGAUACAAUGAACGGCGUCCAUCCUAAUAUGAUUGUAGGCGCAACUACAGAAGUUCUUGGUGGUGAAGGACACAUCUUUACUGCUGGCGCUAUCGAUUGCCAUGUUCAUUUUAUUUGUCCACAAAUAAUUCCAGAGGCCCUCUCAUCCGGUAUUACCACGCUGAUAGGUGGCGGCACCGGUCCUAAUACUGGAACCAAAGCUACCACAUGCACGCCAGGAAAAAAUCACAUUGAAAUGAUGCUUGUUUCCACUGAUGAAGUUCCUCUAAACUUUGGAUUCACUGGUAAAGGAAAUUCGUCAGAUCCAGGUGCUCUUCGAGAGCAAAUUGAAGCUGGAGCUAUUGGUUUGAAAUUGCAUGAAGAUUGGGGAACUACACCGAGUGCUAUUGAUGAAUGUCUCAAAAUCUGUGAUCAAUAUGAUGUGCAGGCAUAUAUCCAUACCGAUACUCUAAACGAAUCCGGUUUCGUAGAAAGUUCAAUCGCAGCAUUCAAAAAUCGUACUAUUCAUGCCUACCAUUCUGAAGGAGCCGGUGGUGGUCACGCACCAGACAUCAUUCGAGUAGCCGGCGAAGAACGAGUCAUUCCCUCAUCCACAAAUCCUACCCGGCCAUACACAGCCAACACACUCGAAGAACAUAUUGACAUGUUGAUGGUGUGUCACCAUCUUGAUAGAAAUAUUCUCGAAGAUGUAAAGUUUGCCGAAUCAAGGAUAAGAGCAGAAACUAUUGCCGCUGAGGAUAUUUUACAUGACUUAGGUGCGAUUAGUAUUAUUAGUUCGGAUGCGCAAGCGAUGGGAAGAGUGGGUGAAGUAGUGCUGAGAACGUGGAAGACUGCGCAUAAGAUGAAAUUGCAACGAGGAAGGCUGGGAAGUGAUCAAGAUGGGCCUGCCGAUAAUUUUAGGAUAAAACGUUACGUUGCGAAAUAUACGAUUAAUCCUGCUAUUGCAAGUGGUGUAGGACAUUUAAUCGGCUCAAUAGAAGUUGGGAAGAUUGCCGAUAUAGUAAUGUACAACCCAGCGUUCUUUGGCACGAAACCUGAACUCAUACUAAAAUCCGGAAUAGUCGUUUGGUCACAAAUCGGCGAUGCCAACGCUUCAAUCCCCACCACACAACCGGUGAUUUCAAGACCAAUGUAUGGAGGUCUUGGUCGUGCCGCAUCUAAAAACUCUAUCGCUUUCGUGAGUAAAGCUUCCAUUACUGAAAACCGAGUACAACAAUAUGGACUAAAGAAACGAAUUGAACCUAUAAUAAAUACACGAUCGAUUGGAAAGAAGGAUAUGAAAUUGAAUGAUGCUUUGCCAAAGAUUGAAGUGGAUCCUGAUAAAUAUGUGGUGAAGGCUGAUGAUAUGGUAUGUAAUUGUGAGCCGGUAGCUGCUUUGCCGCUGACACAGUCGGUUUAUUUGUUUUAG